AUAGCGUCACUGGUUGGCAUAAAAUACUUACUGGUGUAAGCUAUCCGCUUAUAAACAUUGACAUACCAACAAAGGAUUUCUGACCAUCCAUGACCGCAUUUGCGGUAUAACUUGGUUUGUUCGUCAAUCUGAACCGAAAAUAACAUGGUUGACAGGGAAAAUAGCAAAGGGACGAUAGAUACGGUCCAGGUGGCCCUUCGUAUUAGGCCUUUGAUGCAACAGGAGACUGACAGGGGCUGUGAAGAAUGUAUAGAAGCUGUGCCCGGCGGCAACCAAGUUCAAAUCAAAGACCUGGCGUUUACGUAUAACUAUGUCUUUCCACAACACAUAACACAGCAAGAGUUUUAUGAUACAGCAGUGAAAGGGCUCAUUUCGAGACUGUUUCAAGGUUACAAUGUUACCAUAUUGGCUUAUGGACAGACUGGGUCAGGAAAGACUUACACAAUGGGCACAAAUUAUUCAGGCUCUGAUGGAGACUACACUAAACUAGGUGUAAUCCCGCAGGCAGUAGCAGACAUAUUUGACUUCAUAGAAACCCAUGAAGACCAAUUCAUCUUCAAAGUGAAUGUUUCGUUCAUGGAACUGUAUCAGGAGCAGUGCUAUGACCUCCUCUCAGGGAAAGAGAGGGGACACUCUAUAAUUGAGAUUAGGGAGGACAUCAAUAAGGGAGUUAUUUUGCCAGGUAUAACGGAACUGAUGGUCACAUCAACCAUGGAGACCAUGAUGGUACUAGAGCAGGGUUCCUCUGGCCGAGUGACGGGUUCCACUGCCAUGAACCAAGCCUCUAGCCGGAGUCAUGCUGUCUUCACCAUCAUCAUCUCUAAGGAGAGCCGGACUGACAAAAACCUAGCCACCACAUCGAAGUUCCACCUAGUCGAUCUGGCCGGUUCAGAGCGCAUCAAAAAGACGAAAGCCAGCGGCGAGCGGCUAAAGGAAGGCGUGAAGAUUAACCAGGGCCUUCUGGCUCUUGGCAAUGUGAUCUCAGCUCUUGGGGACGGCACCAACAGGAGUUACAUUAGCUAUAGGGAUAGCAAGCUGACCAGGUUACUGCAGGACAGUCUCGGCGGCAAUUCCCUGACACUAAUGGUGGCGUGCGUCAGCCCGGCGGACUACAACCUGGACGAGACCGUGUCCACGCUGCGGUACGCGGACCGAGCGCGACGCAUUCGCAACAAACCCAUCAUCAACCAGGAUGCUAAGGCUGCCGAAAUCGUUAGGCUAAACAAUUUAGUAAACGAACUCAGACUCCAACUCCUUGGCAAAGCGCCCACCGACAGCGAGCAAAACAACGAGAAACUUGUAGAGGAAAUCGAGCGAGAGAAAGCGAAAUACUCCGAACUACUCAAAAAACACAAGCAAGUCACCGAACACCUCGGAAACAUGCUCAUCGAGAACACAAAUCUAUGCGAAAAGGCGCUUCUUGCCGAAGCUGCCAAAGACAAAAUAGAGCAGAAACUAAACGAGCUCACCGAGCAAUGCAAUCAAACCAUAGACAACCUAAAUGAAAGUAAAGAGAAGAAUAAGACGACAGUGCUGGAUUAUAUUAAGGAGAUUAAGAGUAGGUUGGAAGAUUUGCAGUCGGUGAACUUUAAGACGAAUGAGGAGUUGAUAGAUUAUGAGAUAAAGCUGUCGUUCACGAAGGAUGAGGGCGAGGAAGGGGAAGGUGUGGUGCUGAGUGAAGAUCAGGCGGUGCUUGAAGAGGAAAAGAGGGCUAUGGGACAGGUUGCACUAAACCAAGAGCUACAAGAGUUGAACCGCGCCAUGGCCAUCAAGGCGUCCGUGGUGCAAGCGAUCCUGGCCAACAACAAGGACAUGCUGGACAGCCACAACAACCUCAAGGAGAAUGAGGAGAGGAUAGCGCUGCUGGAGAAGGAGAAAGAGGAGUUGGUGCAGCAGCUGAGGAAUAGUAAGAGUAAGGAUCCUACCCACGAAGAACGCCGCACCAAGGUCCAGACCUUGGAAGCCGAGAUCACUGACCUCAAGAAGAAAUGCCAGCAGCAAGCCUCCAUCAUCAAGAAUAAAGAAAAGAAUGAGGCUAAGAUCGCUUCGCUUAACGCUGAGUUAAAGGCCAUGAAAGCUACUAAGGUGAAAAUAAUCCGUCAAAUGCGCGAAGAAAGCGAGAAAUUCCGUAAAUGGAAGGCCGACAACGAACGCGCCAUGCUCCGUCUCCGGAAUGAGGACCGCAAGCGGGCCAACGCUAUGGCCAAGAUGGAGUCUCUUCACGCCAAGCAGCAGAACGUUCUUAAGAGGAAGAUGGAGGAAGCAGUCGCCGUCAACAAGAGACUCAAGGAGGCUUUAGACAGGCAGAAGCAGACUCAAAUGAAGCGUAGCGCUAAAGGCAACGUGAAAGCUGGUGCGGUGCAGCAGUAUAUAGAACAAGAGUUGGAAGUACAUCUUAGCAUUGUUGAGGCAGAGAAAUCGCUCGAGGAACUCAUGGAGUACAGAGCGUGGAUUACGGAACAGAUAGAACUUCUUCGUAAAGGACCUGACAAUGAGGAAAACCAGCAGAAAAUAACCGAGCUUGAAGAUAAUCUGGCGCUUCGUAAGGCACAGAUAUCCGACUUGCAGCAGAAAAUACUCACCGCUGAUCAGGAAAACAAAUCCCGCACCCAAUGGGACAACGUCCAAUCCAUGCUCGAAGCUAAAGUGGCCCUGAAAUGCCUCUUCGACCUCCUAGUAGAAUCCAAGAAGGAACUCCAGAACCAGAGCGAAAAGGGUUACCAGGCGCGCUAUGAGGAAAUUAAGGAGGCGCACGACAGGCUGCUGGUAGAAUUUGAGAAUUGCAAGGCCGAGCUGGAGCAGAAACUCGCCAACCAUAAGCUGCAGAGCGAGCAGAAGCUAUCAGCGUUAGUGGCUCUACAACGCGGGGUCGUUGGCAACAAGAGUCAAGCGUGCCAGCACCUUCAGAACGUGAUUCAAUACCAACAGGAAAAACUGGACCAGGUCGAGGCAGAGAAUAAAAAGUUGUCUGACGAACUAGAGCAGCUUCGCACAGCGUCCACGAACGGUAACACCAAGAAACAGAAGAAGGGUAAGAAAGAGGGAGACAAAAAGACUGAAUACGUGGAGAUUUCCGACGAGGAGGAAGAGGACAGGGAGAAUGAUGACCACGAUCCCGAUUGGAGGGCCACGCCGCUCUACAAGCGUAUACAGGCGCAGCGCUCCCGCCUCACCAACAACUUCACCGCCGAGAACGCCAACAACUCCAACGAGCGCCUCCGCGAGCCCGCGCGCGCCGUCAAGCGCGACAGCGGCGGCUCCACGCACUGCACCUGCCGCGGCAGCUGCUCCACCAAGAUGUGCGGCUGCGUCAAGGCGGGCAACGGCUGCGGGAGCGGCUGUAGAUGCCAGCCGGCGCUGUGCAAGAACAAGAAGCUUUCUUCUACUAAUGCGUCGGAUAGCGAGGAGAAAGAGAACACGCCAACCAGUGUGUUGGACACAACACCGCCUUCAUACUUCGGCGCAAAAAGUCACCCUAACCUAACGUUCGUAAAGAAAAGACAGAGGAGUUAUUUUUUCAAUGACGACGAAUAGAUUGACUUAAUCCCCUGGAUGCCGCAUAGUAUUUAUAAUCUAUAUCCUUAAUGUGUUUAAAUAUUUACGCCUUUACAAAUUUACUUAUUACGCUCCGCCGAAUGACGAUGUUGCAUUGAAU